GAGUGAUUGCAAAUUGGGGCCACAAAUUAGAAAUGUCCCCUGGUGGUCGUAUCUAUUCUUGGGUCCUUUCAAGACCAAAUAUACCUUGAUGGCGGAAGAGAUUGGAUUGUCAAAAGUGUCCAAUGAUCAACUCCUCAUGGCAUCUUUACUGCUGAUGAACAUUGCCCCUUUCAAUCGACUCUCAGACUCUAACUUUGAGGACACAACCAUGCGUCCAGGGACAUGCCACUGCCACUGCCUCUGCCACUGCCGCUAUUCUACGGAACGGUUCACCGGCAUCGAGUUCUUUAGCAACUUGCAAGCUAUUCUCAACACUAUACUACAGAUAUUAUAGACAGCCACCGUACAGAGCGUAUACAAAUCCGGCUUAUGGAGCCUGGAGUCUUUGACCUGAAACAUCAAAUCCAUUCUAAGGGGACGUGUCAACCCCACUGCCAACUUUAUGCUGCACAGUAUAACUUCCAGGGGACUUUCCGAGUAUGGCAAUUCAUUCCCAAUGAGUAUGAAAGCUCGUGCUUUACUGUCGAUCGGUUAAUUACCAGUCCGGAAGUGCUCAGAAAUCUCUCGAUA